AUGGAACAAGUACGCCAUGGACAAGAUUCAUGGGCUCAGUUUGAUGACGAUGAUAGUUCUACGGUUGGGAAACAUUUAUCAGUUCCCAUUUGUACCUCUCACUCCUAUUUCCCUAUGGAAACAUCAUCUUUCAUUAAUCAACAACAAACAAUCAAUUCACAUUUUCCUAACUUGGGAUUGAGUAAUCAGAAUUUAUUGUUUCCUUCCUCUUUGAGUCAAUCGAAUGAAUUAUUUAUGCUUAGGAAUCCUUCAGAUCCUACAUCAUCACCAUUUGCUGCAAUUCAUGGCUGGUCGCCGAGAUCAACAAUUAAAACAGCCCGUCAUGAGAAUUUAAAUACUCAUUCGGAAAUGAAUUCAUCGCAUUGUACAGAUAUACAAUUUCACAGUCAUAAAUUGAAUAACUGGUCUAGUUUUAAUCAACCAAUUGUUCAAUUCAAACAACAGUUCAAUCCUACAGAUAUUACUCCGUUAGUUAAUACUGCCAUUACUUCUAAUACAAAUACUACAAAUUUCUCUCCCAAUUUAAAUACUUCAAAUGAUGUUUAUACUGUAAGAAAUCAACGUAUCGUAGAUCCGUGGGCAGUUACAUCUGAUCAGAAAGCUUAUUAUUUAUCACAGUUCCUCAGAUUACAACCAGAUAUUAGUUCAAAACUCAGUGGAUUAAAAUCGAAGACAUUCUUUGAAUUAUCAAAUUUACCAUCUUCAGAAUUAUCAAAAAUUUGGGAAUUGUCUGAUCUUGAUCAUGAUGGACAAUUAACAUUGAGUGAAUUUUGUAUUGCAAUGCAUUUAGUUGUGUAUCGAUUAAAUGGUGUUCCAAUUCCUAAUAAUUUACCGACAGUUUUAUUGGAAUUAGUGGAAACUAAUUGGUUAUCUACAAAAUUGUCAUCAACAUCACCAACUGUAAAAGCAAAUACUACCACUACUUCUACUACUACUACUACCAACAGUAAUUGUACUAAUAAUCACGAAUUAACUAACUGUACAUUGAAUUCUACUUGUCAACAAAAUCAUAUCAGUCCAGUAGGAUAUAAAUCAAUAGAUAUGCCUAAUUCAUGUCAACACUAUGAUAAUCAUAAUUUAUCAUUAUUCCUAUCAUCUUCACCGAUUUCAUCCGUGUCAACUUGUCAAGUUAAAACAUUAACGUCAUCAUCAAUUCAUUAUGUCAAUACAUCUCUAACUGAAAUGAUUCAGUCUACAAAUUUUACAGAAUUAAAACAUCAUCAUCAUGAACCGAAUCAGCAACAACAAAGACGUUGGUCUUUAUCUAGUCAAAGUGAUGUUAGCAGUUUAUUAGCAUCAGAAGAAGGAAUGACCUUAUUUGAAUCGAAAUUAAAUACAAAUGCACAAUUAAAACAUCCUAUCCCGUUAAGAGCUAAAACAUUACCAUCAAAUGCUGUUCCUGAGAUGGUGAAUUCAAUGAUGAGUACAACUCAAGAUUAUUCUACCGUAGAUCAUCAUCAAAAUGAUUUUUUGCAUACAUAUCAAUUUCCAUUUAAUAGUAAUAAUGAUAAUAAAUUUUGUACUGCAAUUAAUAAUCCAAUGAUUGAAUCAACUCCUCGGUUACAACCACCGCCGAUUACAAUUCAUUCAUCUCCUAUAUUAUUCAAUAGUCAACAUUCCGGUUCAAUAACAUCUCCGUCGUCAUCAGUAAUACAGAAAGCUCCACCUCCACCACCACCGCCUAGAGCUAAUUUAUUACUGGUCACUAAUAUUGAUUCUGUUCAUAAUGAUAAUAUGGGACAGAAAAGUGGUGUUUCACUAACUGAAGAGAAAGAGGACUUUGUUCCAUCUCUUACAGUAGAAUUCAACUCAGAAGAAAUGAAAUUAACCGAAUCUCAACAACUAUACAUCUCCCCAUCAAUUAUUAAUAAUAAUAAUAAUAAUAGUGAUGAUAAUAAUAUUAAUAAUGUGGAUAUAUUAAAACAUCAAUGUGAUUCUAUUAGUCAAAUUAAUGAACAAUUAACUACAACCUUAAUAAAAUUACAAAAAGAUAGAAUAGCAUUGAAAAUAUUUCUGGAACGUUUAAUGCCAUUAGAAACUAUUUAAUUAUUUUUAUUUUCAAUCUUGACAACAAUAAAAAAAGGUUAACGAAUAAGUGAUUAAUAUGUUUACAAGUUAUACAACCUUAAUUGUCAGCUACAUUGCUGACAAUGUGAUAACAUAUACAAAUGUACGCAUAUAUAUAUACUACUCAAUAAGAAGGAUCCAUUCAUCCCUGUUACCCUUUCCCUUUCAGUAUUGCUUUAUUUUUCUCUAUAUACACAUUUAUUAUUGAUCAUGUAUUCUAUUAUUUAACUUAAUAAUGAUCAACUUUCAAGUGCCUAAAGUCGGUUACAUAAUCUUUUCUUACUCUUAAAUGUGUUGAUUGUGUAAUAAAUACUAUUUCUCUUUCAAUAUACACACUUCGAACAAGUGUAUUAUUUACAAUAAUGAUUAAGAAAUUAAUUCUUUAAAAGCAUUUUUACCCUUUUAUUUUGUUUCUCUUUUUUGGGUGUGCACCAGUUUGUUUCAUGUUACUUAUUACCCUGUUUGUUUGUGUAUGUUUCGGCGUCAAUUUAUCCUUAUCUGAGGUUGAGAUUACAUUUAAUUUUAAAUGAAAAAUACAAUUUAUGCCUAAUAAUAGAUCAACUCACCUUCUUAUUGUUACCUAUCUUUGCUUUUCAUUAUUAGGUAUAAUUAAUUAUUUAUUCUGUUGCCGGUUUUUCUUCUCUUGACAUAAUUGAUUGAUUCUUCCACGUUAUAAUCUAUUCUUCUUUUAUUGUUGCUUUAAUUAUAUUGUUUUUGUUUUAUUCUUGUGAGGUCGAAAGACAACUUGGAAAAAAGGAACAAUUAUUUGUUUUUGUGCUAAUGUAUUAUUGUAUUGGUACUUGAACCAAUGCACAUACAUAUAUGCGCCAAGUUUAAAUUCAUUGUCUAUUCUAUUAAGUGUAUACCAUUAACUGAGUGCUUUCGUGUGUAGUCUAUUGUCUUGUCUAUUUAUUUAUUUGAUUUAAAAAAGGAAUUUGUUAUGUGUAACAUUAUUUCUUAUUCCUGACGAAUAUGUAUACUUGUUAUUCAUGUUUUACGUUGUGCGGUCAUCCGGUCCCGAUACUCGCGCUUCCCCAUAAUCGGACGCGACCUAGUAAGUGAGUGAAAAGAUUAAAGGGUAAUCAGGAAGCUGCAAUAGGUAAGCCUAGUUCAUAUGUGCUCAACUCAUUGGUAUAUACAUAAAUAUCCCUCAAUUUUUUAGGCCAGACCUGUACGAAUAGUGUGAUUGAUUUCCGCCGACAACCGUCUUCUUUUAACUUCUCUCAUUUACUAUUUGGUCGUGAUCUAGCAUGCGUGCGAAAGCACAUAAUGUGUCCAGAUUUUUCAAGCGUAUCAUAAUUUUGAAGACUGUUAUUGAUAAAAAUGUGGUAAAACCUUUUCUGCAUUGACAAAAAUGAUGUAUCAUUUUGUGGAUUCGAC